AUCGUAUUAGUCAUUAACUUCAUUUCCUUAUCGUCUAAUUGAUGCAAUAGACUUUGUCUUCGCAUUUAAAUCUCCGUCGAUUCGCAAUCGAUCCGUCCGAUCGCCGGUGAAAUGUUGAUGCUAGUAAACUGCUCCAACUGCCGGACGCCUCUCCAGCUGCCGCCCGGCGCCACCUCCAUCCGCUGCGCUAUUUGCCAGGCGGUUACGCGAGUAGCGGAUCCCCGACACGGACCGCCGCCGCCUGCCCCUGCGCCACAGCCCUACCAGCCAUCUAGUUCGUCCUCCGCCAACGGAUAUUACCCUCCGCAGCAGCAGCCUCCUUCGCCGUACAAUCACGCGCCUCCAGGACCUCCGCCAUCGCCACACGGGCGGAAGAAGGCGGUGAUUGUGGGGAUCUCGUAUAGGUACUCGAGGCAUGAGCUGAAAGGAUGCAUUAAUGAUGCAAAGUGUAUGAAGUAUAUGCUAAUCAAUCGGUUUAAGUUCCCCGAGUCUUCAAUUCUCAUGCUCACUGAAGAAGAAACUGAUCCAUACAGAAUCCCAACCAAGCAGAACAUUAGGAUGGCUAUGUUUUGGCUUUUGCAAGGCUGCCAGCCAGGCGACUCGCUGCUUUUUCACUAUUCCGGACACGGUUCACAGCAGAGGAGCUACUCAGGAGAUGAAGUUGAUGGAUAUGAUGAGACAAUAUGUCCUCUAGAUUUUGAGACACAGGGAAUGAUUGUCGAUGAUGAAAUUAACGGAACACUAGUCAGGCCUCUUCCCAGGGGAGUCAAGCUUCACGCCCUUGUAGAUGCCUGCCACAGUGGCACAGUGCUUGAUUUGCCAUAUCUUUGCAGAAUGGACAGAACUGGGCGAUAUAUAUGGGAGGAUCAUCGUCCUCGAUCCGGGGCAUGGAAAGGCACAAAUGGGGGAGAGGCGAUAUCCUUCAGUGGCUGUGACGAUCAUCAAACUUCUGCUGAUACAGCUGCUCUGUCCCAGGUUACUUCAACAGGUGCCAUGACCUAUGCUUUCAUUCAAGCAAUAGAAAGAGGACAAGGAACAACCUACGGAAGUGUUCUGAAUGCAAUGAGGUCUACCAUCCGCAGGACUGAUGCAGACAUCGGAGGGGGCGCCGUGACCACACUUAUCACCAUGCUUUUGACGGGUGGUAGCACUUCCGGUGCUGGUCUGAAACAGGAACCACAGCUUACAUCCAAUGAAAUAUUUGAUGUCUAUACAAAGCCGUUUUCACUGUGAGUUGCGUGCCGUCAGAGUACGAAAAAUUCAAACUACUUUGGCCUUGUUUCUUUUUUCGUAGUUUUAGUCUUUCGUUGAAGCUUGUUUAGUUUUUAUGCUUAUAAAGUCUUGACAUGUCUGUGUAUUUAUUAUCUAUCGCGUCGUCGUACGUAUUCAGUUGGUUUGCCUAUGAACGGAAAUAUGGAAUAGAAAGCGUGCUAUUCUUCUA